GAGAUCUGUUACAUCUCGCGUAACCUGCGUUCAGCUUGCCGCUGCCUUGGCUACCAGACUCCUCAGGUGGCAACGUUUAUAGUCGGGCUACGGAGGCCGGGUUGCCAGAAAGCGGGAAUCCUUCUUCCAGGCUUUGCUCCCAGCGCCUGUGACUGCCAGAAUCCUGCCACCUUCCUCAUGUCUGCUGAUUUGAGUGUCUCUGCUUUUCAUCUUCUCUCUAGUAUUUAGGACACUGCCAGGGAAGUAUGUAAUAAACUCAUGGAUUAACAUGAGUUAGCGUCGUAUGGAAUCUGUAAGGCGUCCUUCAAGAGAGUUGUCUUAGGAAAAGAAGGAUUUUUAGACUCUUCAUCAAGUUCUUCAUUUAUACAGCCAUAAAUCCAAAGCGACUGCGCUGAAAGCAUGAAUAAAAAGACAUCUCCUGCAGCAUCUUCCAGUCUACUUGAAAAAGAUCCUGCUUUUCAGAUAAUUACAUUUGCCAAAGAAACAGGUCUUGGUCUGAAGAUCCUAGGAGGAAUUAACCGGAAUGAAGGCCCGUUGGUAUAUAUUCAGGAAAUCAUUCCUGGAGGAGACUGUUAUAAGGAUGGACGUUUGAUGCCAGGAGAUCAGCUUGUCUCAGUAAACAAGGAAUCUAUGAUUGGUGUGUCAUUUGAAGAAGCAAAAAGCAUAAUUAGCAAAGCCAAGUGGAGGUCCAAAUCUACUUGGGAGAUAGCAUUCAUAAGACAAACGUCUCCUGGCAACCAUCUAGAAAAUCUGUCUUCUUCAUCCCUGUUACAAACUUCAAGAGAAUAUGGACCUCAGGCCUCCACAUUUAGUCUUCUUUCUUCUCCCCUGAAAACACUAGUUCCACAGACCUCAUCCACUCCCAAAAUUCAAGAUGCCAUCUUACUUUCUUCGAAGAUGAAUCAGACAAAAACUGGAUGUGAAAAAACAGAAUGUAUUCCAGUUACUUCUUCGGACAGCACUGCUACCCAUAUGGCUACUUCAGAUCUCGCUCCUGCCCGCACUGAUAAUUAUGGACCACGAGGAAAGAAGAUUUCCCUAAAUCCUUCUGUUCGCCUUAAGGCAGAGAAACUGGAAAUGGCUCUAAAAUACCUUGGUAUUGAGCCCACAGAGGACCAGCACCAAGCCCUGCGACAGCAAGUACAGACAGAUUCAAAGGGGACAGUGUCUUUUGGAGAUUUUGUCCAGGUUGCCAGAAAUUUGUUUUGCUUGCAAUUGGAUGAAGUAAAUGUUGGUGUACAAGAAAUUUCCAAUCUGUUAGAUUCACAGCUUCUGCCCUGUGAUUCUUUAAAAGCAGAUGAAGUGGAAAAACUUAAAUGUGAAAGAGAUGCUGCCUUGGAAGAAGUGAAUAUACUUAAGGAAAAAUUACACCAAUCAGAGCAACAGAGGAGACAACUAAUGGAAGAGCUCCAGGAUGUGAAGCAAGAAGCCAAAGCCGUCGUGGAAGAAACGAGGGCUCUGCGAACUCGGAUUCAUCUUGCGGAAGCUGCACAGAGGCAGGCGCACGGGAUGGAAAUGGACUACGAAGAAGUGAUCCGUCUGUUAGAGGCCGAGAUGUCGGAGCUGAAGGCUCAGCUCGCUGAUCAUUCUGACCAAAAUAAAGAAAGUGUUCAGGAUUUAAGAAAAAGAAUCACAGUGCUUGACUGCCAGUUGCGGAAAUCAGAAAUUGCUCGAAAAACAUUUGAGGCAUCCACUGAAAAGCUUCUUCAUUUUGUAGAGACUAUUCAAGAAGUACUUUCUGGUAAUUCUGCCGCUUUGUCAAAUUUAAGUGAAAGAAGAGCUAUGCUAGCUUCUCAGACCUCUCUCACACCACUGGGAAGGAACAGACGAAACAUCUCAGCAGCCCUGGUGCUGGAAUCUAAGGAGCUCAUUAAGUCUGUUCGUGCCGCACUUGAUAUGGAUUGCCUACCUUACGGGUGGGAGGAAGCUUACACAGCAGAUGGGAUCAAGUACUUCAUCAACCAUGUGACACAGACUACAUCCUGGGUGCAUCCCGUGAUGAACAUCCUGAACCUGUCUUGCUCGGAGGAGAACCAAGAGGACUGCCCUAGAGAACUUUCUGACCAGAAGAGUUGAUGGUUCUCGGUCAGAAGCAGAGACACGACACAUCCAACCUUGAGACCCAGCUGUCUCAGGGAGGACAGAAACAUGCACUACUUGCUGGAGAGUGACAUGGAGAUGGGAUUGAGAAUGUCUUUGUAAGACUUUUUUAUAUUACUGUAUACAACUAAAGGUUAGUUACCACUACGGUAGUUCUUUAAGAAUAAUUUAGUCAUAGUUUUUCAGAUUACACAUAGAUCAUAUCAUAUAAAUACUUUUAUAUACAAUUAGAUGUUUGUAAUGUUGUAGCUAGCUUAUUAUUUUAUAUCAGAUAAGAUAGUUUUAUAACUAGGGUUGAUAUUGAAACAUGUGAACAUAGUAAAACACUUCAUUUAUUUGGAAAUUCACUACCCUUUUAUAUAUAUCUGAGGAAAGUGAUCUUAACAAGCUUUUAGAAUUUAAACAUUUAGACAUCUGUCUCAUGGGUUACUGAAUAUGCUUUGCAUCUUUAUGGGAUUUUCUAACAAAAUGCUUCUCAAACCUUAUCUUAUUUAAAUCACAUGACAUGCUUAUCAGGAUCAUCUAGUAGAUGAUGUUAUUGUUUUUUUCUGUUAGGGAACUAGCAACUCAGAGAACUAAAGCUUCCUGUAUCAGAGUUGAGACUCACACCUGCCUUCUCAUUCCAUACCCAGUCUCUUUCCCAUGCACCCUGCUGUCCCCGCAGAGGGAGCCCACAGCCCAACACACAGGGCACUGUGGUUCUGUUGACACAGCUGGCUCCACAGCUGUGCAUUCCACAGAGACCCAGAAGGCACCUGGCAGUCAAACAGAGCCCCUGAACACCCCCAUUAUUUCCUUCCUAUCGCCCUCUCCCCUUUCCAUCCCUGACACUUUCCAGGUAGGACAUUGCUUUAUAAUAGCUUUCUUGUAGUAGUUUGUGUUUCCCUACAGGACAAGAUGCUGUAACCCAGAGAGAGGUGGUGUUGAAAAGAGUUAUCUAAAAAUAUUACUGUUCUACCUGUACUAAAAUGGAAGACAGGAGCCCAGGAAAAGCAUCCCCCAGGUGCUACUGUGCAGACCCCAGAGCUCCUAAGAAUAGAGUAUGAGAAAUAUCAUUAUUAACCACUGUAGCGAGGAGUAAGCCAAGACACUGAGCGUUCAUACAGUGAGUUAUUGGCUGGGGCAAGGUUAACUAGAUCUAGAUCCCAAGUCUCCUACUCUACACUUAUGUGCCUCUGACACAUAAGAUAUGUAUGUGAGUAUCUGCAGAGACUGUAUUCAAUCAUAACCUCCCUGAGUCCAUUCAGGAUUUUAUGAUACCUGUCCUGAGAAAUAUUAUGAAGUCAAAUCACAAGCACUGAGAACAAUUGGAGACUGGCUGGAGAAGACCUAUGCUUCUCCUGACACCUGUUUUGGAUAUUAGGAAGUUUCAGGGAGAUCAGUUUGGAGAAUAGCCCCCAGGGGAGAUGUUGUAUUUCAGCCCCCAGAGGUAAUGACUCUCCAAUAUGCAGAGUUGUUUUUGUAAAUCCACACUGUAAUUGUGGAGGUGCAACGUUUUGUUUGUUUGUUUGUUUCCAAAUUCAUGAAAUUCCAUCCACUACCUGGAGUGUUUUCUACUUUGCCUCUCUUGAGGAAACAAGUCAUUGAGCUCAAAGCACCGAGGCAUGCAGUCCACUUAAUGUCUUCACUGCUCCCUGUACCUCCUCCCUGCCUAUUUCAAAUACCUAAAAGUCCUAUAAAAGUCAUAAUGAUAUUUAUCGAACAUUUUUGCCAUACACUGUGAUAAGGCAGUUUGCCUAAAUUAUUUCUUCAUCUUCUUAAAUAUAUGGCAGAAACUGUAAGUGUCCCCUUUUUGAAAAGAAACAGUUGAGGUUAACAGAGACAUGACAGUCUUUACACAAUAGUCACACAACAUAUUGGUGUACAAACUGGGGUUCUAAAUCUUUGAUUCCUGCUAGUGCCCUUUCUUUAAACCACUAAGCAGAGCUACUUACAUUUGGUAGCUCUGUAAGGUCAGAUUGUAGGUCAGUGCCAUCGGGAACUUGCUAGGACCUAUAACUCAUCAGGAAAGAAUUCCCCAGGAGAACAUGGAAGCACCAUCCCAAACAAUUUCACUCCACCCAAGCUCUUUACAUGAGUGUGGCUGAUGACAUGCACUGUCUGAAUCAGCCGGGCCAGCUGAGUGCUCUAGGAGAGAUCCUCUUCUUCAUGCACCUCUGACCCCCAAGCCAACAGAUAAGUGCUUUACAAGACAGAUGCUCAAAAAAUCUUACAGCAAGGACUCAGGAAGAAUGGUUUACCAAUGCUAAUAGAAGCCCCAAGUUACUGUUUUGUGAGUUGAUAUUUAGGUAGCCAGUCUUUCUAUAUCAUAAAUUAAUACUGUGAAGAGGUCAUCGUAAGCUCUCCUCCACUGACCCACUGACUCCAAUGUUGAGUAGAUGGGAACAUUAUUAUGUCUCUCCACCUCCCUUUCCUGGAGUGACCAGGAUAAGGUGUCCUUACUAGUGCACUUCUGCAAAAUAUUCCCCGAGCACCAAGGAUAUGGCAUGGAUUCAUUAGGCACUCUGGCAAAGUAAGCCAACAGUUAACCAAUUCCUGGCUCUGGUUAACUGUUGAAUGAAACAGACCUCUUUGAUAGCCAGAAUUAAUGGUUACUUUUUAAGUUUUGAAAUAUAUUUUCAUUUAAAAUCAAGUACUAUGUAAAGGAGUGAAAUAAGUGGUACAUCCAUCUUUCCAGAGGUUGCUAUCAAAACUUUGGUGAAUAUUUUUACUGAAAGGAAAGCAGCUUGCCUUCGACUUAGUGUAUCUUGGUCACCUUUCAUAUCAUGCUGAUGUCAUAUUUUGAAUGUCCACAUAAAUUAUCACUACCCAGAUAUCUCAUAAUUUGUGUGGUCAAUAGUUUAUUGUUGAGCACUUACACUGUUUUAAAUUUUCAUCUUAACAGUGUUGCAGGUAACAUUACAUAUUUAUCAAGUUCAUUUCCUUAGAUAUUUCUGUACUCCAGUGCCAGUAUAUCUGUAAUGUGAAUCAGUUCAUUAAAGUUAAUCACUACAAAGGUGUUCAUUUUAAUUUUGAUCGAUAGUCAUAUAUUCCCCUCCAUAAACAUAGGACCAAUUUAUGCUACCAAUAGUAUAUGAGGUUUUUUUCCUAUAUAAGAUACAGCUUUUUUUGGUUGAAAAAUUAACAGUGGCUUUUUUUGUCCUUAAAAGAAUAGACUUUCCAUCAUUGUCCAAAUACCUGAACAUUUUCAUCAUUAGGUUUUAAAUUUCCUUUAGCAACAAAGACUGACUCACUGUAUGUAGAACAUUCUAGAAGUGACUUCAUAACCAUGUAUUAAACACAUCAUUACUUUUACCAUCUCCUGAUUCACACAUAAUACUGGUAGGUAGUAAUUCUAAAAUGACCUAACUUGGAUUAGAGCUCUCAAGAAAAUACAGAGCACAAUAUAAAAUACAUACCAGAUUUUUGGAGCCUUAGUUUCUCUGCCUGUUUAAAGAGGAUGUGCCUAGUGUACCUCUUGUACCUGUUGCCCUGCUUUGCCAGAGUCCCUAGUGAAUCCAUGCCACAAUCAUUUUGAGACAAUUCCUGAGUGCCUACUCAGUGCCAGUCACAAUGGGAAUUUUCACAUCACCAUGCUAUAUAGAACUGAUUCUAAAAACAAAGAGCUGAUAAUAUAAAAUAUUUAUUUCUAUUCCUUUUUUAAGGCUUUUAUUUUUUUCUUAAAGAGGGGCUUGUUUUUUUAAAAACUUCUUAGAUUUAAGUAAUCUAAAAUAAUUUUAAUAACUCAAGUAGGGAAUAAAACCAGGAACAUGCUGUAUAAAGAGAUUCUCCAAUAAUAAAUGCAAGGCGGCUGUCAAAAUAUGGAGUCAGAUGACACUCAUCAAGUGUUUGCACAAUUAGAAAAUGUUAUUUUUUUCCCUAGGGAGAAAUGGGACAUUUUAUUUUUUCUGCUAAGUGAAAUGCAACUUUCUGAACAGUCAACAUUCUUGACAUUUUUAUGAUAUAUAUAUAUAUAUAUAUAUAUAUAUAUAUAUACAGAAAGUGCUAAAACAACAUUAAAACAACUUAAAGUCCAUUGCAUAUAAUUUUCAAGAAGAUGAAAAGAACAUUCAACAGAAUAUGCCUGUGGAACUUGACUUUAAAAAUGAAAUACCCAAAGUGUUUUAACAAUUAUCUACAUGUAAUGUCACUGUGUCUGUAUGAUUGUUUUGUGAAUAUUAAACACAAUUAUGGGUUUGCUCUCUUCA